GUACAUCAACGGCGAGCGUGAAAUUUGUUUCAUAAAAUGGCCGGAUGGCAGCUACCCUACUUCACGGACAGACUAUUGCUACAACAUAAUAUUUCUGGGAGUGACGUACGUGGUACCGAUGUUAGUGAUGGUGUGGGCGUACGUGCGGAUGAGUGCAGCUUUACGCGGGCGCGCCAUCGGCGAGUGCACUCAUCAUCAGAUGCAGGUCGUCAGAGCUAAACGGAAGGUGGUACGAAUGUUUGUUCUGGUGGUGAUGGUAUUCGCACUAUGCUGGUUGCCAUACCAUGCGUACUUUGUGCUGGUAUACCACCACCAGUCAUUGGCGUCGGAGCCGUUCGCGCAGCACAUUUACCUAGCCUUUUAUUGGCUAGCCAUGGCUAACGCCAUGUUCAACCCUCUCAUCUACUAUUGGAUGAGUAAUAAGUUCCGGAUCUACUUUCGGAUAGUCCUGUGUUGGUGCAGGUCGGCUACGACCACUACGCCCAAUGAUUUGAAGAAAGAGCUCAAACAUAACAAGUCCUUUUCCGCUGCUGAACGACAUUACGUCCCUAAAAUCGAGGCUUGCUGA